CCUAUUUGGCGACCCGUCGCCAUUAGUGCAAGCGCUUUGUUACGGAUAUAUUUUUUGGUCAAAAUCUUGAAAUUGUCAGGUUUUCCAGCCUUUGGAAAACAUUUAACGCCUUUUAAGGGCAUUUUGUUUUCCUUAACGGGUAAAAAACUUCAAUUCGGGGGGUCUUGGCCCCGCGUGGCGAGCUUUCGUCCUCUCUUCCAACAGACUCCAUAACUUGAGACGCCGAUAUCGUGUCUCUUAUUUUUUCUCGGGUUGUUUAUUGUCAAGAUGUCGCCGUGAUGGGGUCUCCGCGUUUGACAGAAAUGAAUCAGGGCCUUCGUCGCCUGACCCGCACUCACUGCAGCCCGCUUUCCCCUUUCGUUUUUCCGUUUGAUGCUAGAGAGCUCAGCGGCUCUCUACCUGGAGCUCGGCCCCAGCACCGCUCACUGCAAGGAGACAAACAUGGAGAAAAACCCCAACAGCAGCACCAACACCAAGGCUCCGCCUCGUUCCAGCUCCACAGGCCCACCACCGGGCGACUCUAAACCCAAAACAGAAAGUAAAAAUAAUGGAGGCUCCAAGCGGUAUAACCGCAAGCGCGAGCCCUCCUUUCCUAAAACCGACAGUUUCCAAGGCCCUCGCCACACCAAUUCACAGAAAAGCAAGAAUUUUGACAAGAGACCCCCUCAGAGAGGUGGAGGACGGCAGUAUGGCGUUGCAGGUGGAGGACGACGUGAGGAGGUAGCAGAGACACGCCGGGCUGAGUUUAGCCCGGCUCAGUUUGCUGGACCGAAAAAAAUAAGCCUCAACCACCUGCUGAACUUCACCUUUGAACCCCGUGGAGGUAAUGGUGGCACCGGAGAUGGAGGCCACUCCGGUUGGGGCCGCCGAAACAAAUGGGGCCACAAGCACAAGCCCUUCAACAAGGAGCUUUUUCUGCAGGCCAAUUGCCAGUUUGUGGUGACUGAUGAUCAGGACUACAAGGCUCACUUCACUGAUCCAGACACUCUGGUCAACUGGGACUGUGUGCAGCAAGUGCGCAUCUACAGUCAUGAGGUGCCGUCUUGCCCAAUCUGCCUCUACCCUCCUCUGGCAGCCCGCAUCACCCGCUGUGGACACAUCUUCUGCUGGCCGUGCAUGCUGCACUACCUGUCUCUCAGUGAUAAGAGCUGGUCCAAGUGUCCCAUCUGCUAUGAGGCAGUUCACACCGCUGACCUGAAGAGUGUGAUUGCUAUGGAGACCAAGCAGCAUGUGGCUGGUGAUGUAAUCACCAUGCGCCUGAUGCAGAGGGAGAAGGGGGCUCUGGUGGCCAUGCCCAGCUCUCAGUGGGUGAAGGUGGAGGAGCCUGUUCGCUUUGGAGAUGCGUGUCUUAGCCCGUACUCCAAGCUGCUGCUGACCUCCCCGACGCAGGUUCUGAGCCUGGUGGCAGAGGAGAAGGCUGUCCUGCAGGCGCAGCUCAGCCAGGAAGGAGACGCUCAAGGCUGCUUCAUCCAGAGCGCCCUUUGUCUUUUGCAGGAGCGAGAGGAAAUGCUGCUGAAGAAGCAGAAGGCAAAUGUGGGAGACAGCUUUGACCUGUCCUCUUUGACUCUGGAAGAACCUUCUUCUCCCGAGGAGGAAGUGGUUCCUAACAUCAGAGGCAACAAGCCUGUGCUGCAGUACUCCUCUGCAUUUGAUGACGAGGUGGCGGAUGUCCCAGAGGACGCCGCUGCAGACCUGCCAGGUUUCCCUGAAAGUGUUUUGGAGAGUGUGCUAGAGGAGCCUCCAGAGGCUAUGAUGGAUGCAGCUCCAGAGGCCCAGCCUGAAGAGGAGAGCCCGGAGUCCGGCCGCCCUUCAGCCAGCGUGGUGCAUGGACCCUUUUACUAUUUCUACCAAGCUGACGACUGCCAGCAGAUGUUCCUUCAUCCUGUGAAUGUACGCUGUCUGUUGCGUGAAUACGGCAGCUUGGAGGCCAGUCCUGACACUAUCACUGCCACAGUGGUGGAGAUCGUGGGACACACAGUCACUGAGGAGAUCCGUCGUCGGCAUCGCUACCUGGCACAUCUGCCGCUCACGUGCGAGUUCAGCAUCUGUGAGUUAGCCCUGCAGCCGCCGAUCCUGUCCAAAGAAACUCUGGACACAUUCGCAGACGACUUGGAGAAAAGGAAGCGCCUGAGGCAGAAGAAAGUGAGGGAUGAGAAGCGCAGGGAGAAGCGCAUUGAAAUUGAGGAGAACAAGAAGCAGGGAAAAUAUCCCGAGGUGCAUAUUGGAUUGGAGAACCUUCAGCAUUUCCCGGCAUUCGGGUCUCCUCCUCACAACAGCAGCCCCCCGAUACAGCCUGACUUCACAUUUGCCCCCCCUUCACCCCUCAGCUGCAGUCCUUCCUCUGAUGGGAUGAGAUUCCCAAGUCUGAAUGGGCAAAGCUCUUCACCCGUUGUGGGUAGUGUGGAGGAUGACUCCCACUGUAUGUCCUUUGCACAGAUGCUAAGAGAUGGGAAAGCCAGAGUUGAUGCUGGGCCCAGGAUCACUCCAAAGAAAGAUAAACUGCUAGCUCCCCCAGCAGCAGACAGCGACGGAGAGAGCGACGGGUCGGACCGUGUCCCUGUGCCCAGCUUCCAGAACUCCUUCAGCCAGGCCUUUGAGAAGGCACUUCUGCAGCUGGACAACGGCGCAGCUUCCCCUCCACAGCCUGUGGUCGACCCAGAUGAGAAAGGGGGAAAGAAGAAGAAGAAAAAGCAGAAGCUUCUGUUCAGCACAUCCAUGGUUCACACAAAGUAGACAACACUGAAGUUCAUUUAAUCAUCUUGUUUCUUGAGUUGAUCUUCCCACUGCCGUUUUUUUUUUUUUUUUUUUUUUACUUCCACGCAGAUCUUUCUUGGAACUAUAAGCUUUGGAAAAAAGGUGUUAGUAUGUAGCUGAAGCUUUUGCUGCUAUUAGUCUUUGUUCUAUGGGCUUGAUCCAUUGUUUGGGUGACAUGCCGUCUGUUUAAUUAACAUAAAAUUUCAUCGUACAACUAGGUCAAAGCUUUGCAGCAACCUCCUGUCACACUGAAAGCCGUCUGGGUAACAUUUUGUUCGGAUGCUAAAGCGGGGGAUAUAACAAGCUGCUGUCUUUCAUUAUGUACGCUUUAGGCUUUUCACAGCUCGCCGAAGUUGCUGUAUGAUGUCCAACUUUCCUGAAGUUGACCCUGAGCAUCUAGGAUUAAUGAGUAAUAUUGAUAAGAUAAUUCUGGGUGCUUUGUAUUAGAGUAGCAGUCAGCCAGCUGCAGAUAUGUUGCACCUUUAAAUCUUUUCCAAGAUACUCAGUGCUCAGACAUCACUCUGGAAGUUCAGCUUCGAACAGACAAAAAACUAGUGUGAUUAAUUUGGACUAGCUUUUCAUCACCUUUCAAGAAGAUAAAUUUGGGGAUUGAGAUCAAUGCCCAGGUAUUUUGUAACAACAUGAAUACAUAUUAUUCUAAUGCCACUGUGAGGAAGAGAAAACACAGUAUUGUAUAAAAGAGAUUAGGUCUGUUGUUCCAACAGAACUCCAGUAUAUCCUGCGUGGUUAAACCAUAAGUACGCACUUUCUUCUCAUUCAGUUCCUCCCCUACGUCAUCUUCCGUUGUAAAAAGUUUACUAACUUUAACAUUACUCUUCCAGUUUAAUUUCAGUGUUGAAAAUGUGUGAAGUUGCUGGCAUGUAAAGAAUGCUUUUGAAACCUGGAGAAAAGAGGAGCGAAAGUUUGUUGUGUUUGAGGGUUCUUUAAUCCACCUUUAAUUUUGAGCAGGUUCAAAGGCUAGUGAACAUUACUAGUCUGAAAUGAAUAAACAAUUAUGCACAAUCAA